UGCUCUGCUCCUGCCUUCUACCUAGGGGUCUGUGAGGAGCGCCUCUGUCUGCGUCUACGUCUCGGCCUGUGUCUGUGUUUGACCAGACGGAAGCAUAGCGCUGAGUGAGAGAACUGGGAGUCAUUGGUAUUGUACUUUCUCCCCGCUCCUCUGAUUUGUACCUAUCUGUGUGUUUUGCUGAAGGACCUUGCCAUUCCUAAGGACUCUGAUACCAUUCUUCUCACUGACGUGGAAUAUGGAAGUGUUGAGGUGAACAUGGGGUCCCUACUGUCACGGUUGGGCCUGGAGUGUGGGGGGAAGGCUGUGAAAGAAGAAGAAAGACACCUACGAGCAAAUGACCGAGAACUCAACUUGUCUUACAAGUACGCUGACAAUGCCAUCAAAACCUCAAAAUACAACAUAUUCACCUUUCUCCCACUCAAUCUGUUUGAGCAGUUCCAGAGACUGGCCAAUGCCUACUUCCUCUUCCUCCUCUGUCUCCAGAGCAUCCCAGAGGUCUCGUCCCUGCCCUGGUACACCACCGUGGUCCCCCUGGUCCUGGUGCUCUCCAUGACCAUGGCCAAGGACGGCAGCGACGACAUGAACAGACACAGAUGUGACAAACAGGUGAACAACCGGCAGGUGGAGGUCCUCGUUGAAGGAGAACUACAGAGUGAAAAGUGGAUGGAUGUUCAAGUUGGGGACAUCGUCAAGCUAGAGAAUAAUCAGUUUGUCACGGCUGAUCUUCUGUUGCUGUCCAGCAGUGAGCCUCUCAAUCUUGUCUACAUAGAAACUGCUGAACUAGACGGAGAAACUAACUUGAAGGUGAAGCAGGCCCUGACUGUGACAGGGAAGCUGGAGGAUAGCGUAGAGAAACUGGCCAACUUCAAUGGCGAGGUGCGCUGUGAGCCUCCCAACAACCGCCUAGAUAAGUUCACUGGCACCCUGACCCUGAAGGGAGAGACGUACUCACUGGACAAAGAGAGGAUACUGCUGAGAGGCUGCACUCUGAGGAACACCCAGUGGUGCUUCGGCCUGGUCGUCUUUGGAGGUCCAGACACAAAGCUAAUGCAGAACUGCGGAAGGACCACAUUCAAACGGACCAGCAUUGAUCGCCUCAUGAAUGUGCUGGUGCUGAGUAUCUUUGGUUUCCUGAUGAUUAUGUGUUUAAUCCUGGCCAUUGGGAAUGGGAUCUGGGAAUACCAGGAGGGCUCUAAGUUCGCUGCAUUCCUGCCCAAGGGGGUUAACGCUCCCUUCUCAGCCUUCCUCACUUUCUGGUCCUAUGUCAUCAUCCUCAACACUGUGGUGCCUAUAUCUCUCUAUGUCAGUGUGGAGAUAAUUCGCCUGGGGAACAGUUUCUACAUAAACUGGGACAGGAAGAUGUAUUAUCCCAAGAAUGACACGCCUGCCGAGGCCAGGACCACCACGCUCAAUGAGGAGCUGGGCCAGAUCAAAUACAUCUUCUCUGACAAGACUGGAACACUCACACAGAACGUCAUGACCUUCAACAAGUGCUCCAUCAACGGGAAGUCCUAUGGGGAGUUGUUGGACUUCUCAGGACAAAGAGUGGAGAUUAAUGAGAAAACAGAGAAGGUGGACUUCUCUUGGAACAACUUGGCAGACCCAAAGUUCUGUUUCCAUGACAACAGCCUGGUGGAGGUUGUGAGGGAGGGCAACCCUGAGGUGCAGGCCUUCUUCCGCCUGCUGGCACUGUGCCACACCGUCAUGCCCGAGGAGAAGAAGGAGGGUGAGUUGUACUACCAGGCCCAGUCACCAGACGAGGGUGCUCUGGUCACAGCGGCCAGGAACUUUGGCUUUGUGUUCCGCUCUCGUACGCCAGAGAGCAUCACUGUGGUGGAGAUGGGAGAGCUGGUCACCUACGAGCUGCUGGCUGUUCUGGACUUCAACAACGUCCGCAAGAGGAUGUCGGUCAUCGUGCGCAGUCCAGAGGGCAAGCUGACUCUGUACUGUAAGGGAGCAGACACCAUCAUCUUCGAGAGACUGAACUCUUCCUGCAGCAACCUAACGGAGGUCACCACCUUGCACCUCAAUGAGUUUGCUGGAGAGGGUCUGCGUACACUGGCUCUGGCCUACAAGGACAUAGACCCAGAGUAUAUGGAGGAUUGGAAACUGCGCCACCAUGUGGCCAACACUGCCAUGGACGAAAGGGAGGAGAAGCUGGAUGCGCUGUAUGAGGAGAUAGAGAAAGGCCUGCUGCUGUUAGGAUCCACUGCCGUAGAGGAUAAGCUACAAGAUGGAGUGCCCCAGACCAUCGAACAGCUGUCCAAAGCCGACAUCAAGAUCUGGGUGCUCACUGGAGACAAGCAAGAAACAGCAGAGAACAUUGGCUACUCCUGCAACAUGUUGAGAGAGGAGAUGAAUGAGGUUUUCGUUGUGUCAGCAAACACAGCAGAGGAAGUCAGAAAGGAACUCCAGACUGCGAGGAGGAAGAUGACACCUGAUGGAACAGAGGAACCUACUGUCAAGAAGAGUAGAAGUGGCCUGUUUUGUCUUCAAAAGACGGAGACGGUGGCGGAUGAGCCAGUGAAUGGAGAGUAUGCUAUGGUGAUUAACGGACACAGUCUGGCAUUCGCCCUGGAGAAGGACAUGGAGAUAGAGCUGCUGCGGACGGCGUGUAUGUGUCAGACAGUGAUCUGCUGCAGGGUGACUCCACUGCAGAAGGCCCAGGUGGUGGAGCUGGUGAAGAAGUACAAACAGGCCGUGACUCUAGCCAUCGGCGACGGGGCCAACGAUGUCAGCAUGAUCAAGGCUGCUCAUAUAGGGGUGGGUAUAUCAGGUCAGGAGGGUAUGCAGGCGGUGCUCUCCAGUGAUUACUCCUUCGCUCAGUUCCGCUACCUACAGCGCCUCCUGCUGGUGCACGGUCGCUGGUCCUACCUGAGGAUGUGCAAGUUCCUGCGCUACUUCUUCUACAAGAACUUCACCUUCACCUUUGUCCACUUCUGGUAUGGCUUCUUCUGCGGUUUCUCAGCACAGACGGUAUUUGACGAGUGGUUCAUCACCCUGUUUAACCUCGUUUACACAGCUCUACCUGUGCUCAGCUUAAGUCUUUUUGACCAGGAUGUGAAUGAUUGUUGGAGUUUCCAGUACCCCCAGCUUUACACCCCAGGCCAGCUGAACCAGUACUUCAGUAAGAGGGCCUUUGUCUACACGGUGUUACACAGUGGCUACAGCUCCCUGGUCCUCUUCUUCAUUCCCUGGGCAGCCAUGUAUGACACGGUCCGAGACGACGGCAAAGAAAUUGUGGACUAUCAGUCCUUCGCUCUGCUGGCCCAGACCUGCCUGCUCAUCGCCGUCAGCAUACAACUGGGUCUGGACACCCAUUAUUGGACAGCAAUGAACCAGUUCUUCCUGUGGGGCAGUCUGUCUGUGUACUUUGCUGUCAUAUUCACCAUGUACAGCAAUGGCAUGUUCCUCACGUUAACCUCCUCCUUCCCCUUCAUUGGCACAGCCAGGAACUCCCUGAACCAGCCCAACGUGUGGCUGACCAUGCUACUCACCUCCAUCCUCUGUGUGCUUCCUGUGGUGGCAUACCGCUUCCUGCGCAUUCUGUUGUGGCCCACCAUCAAUGACAAGGUGAGGUACAAGGUGAGACAGGACAAGGUGCUGCCCCCUACACCUCGCCGUGUCCAAGCCCGCCGCUCCAGUACCCGCCGUUCAGGCUAUGCCUUCUCCCACGCCCAGGGCUACGGUGACCUGGUGACCUCAGGCAAGUUUCUGCGGAGGACCCCAAAGAGCCGACCAGCCCUCUUCUCCCAGACAGACUCCCCAUUGGCCCAGACCCAGCCUCAGUUCUACCGCACCAUCAGCGAGCGGGAGGAGCCACCACUGAGUCCCUAGGACUGAUGACCUAACAAGCACACAGUGUUCAGGUCAUUAAGUCUGAAAACACUCACUCAAUCCAUUCCAAACAUCUAUCAAAUAUCAGCCAUGUUUCUUUGAAACACUUCAACACUCGAGUCUGAUUUCCACUGAUGUGAGGAUGUGUAACAUUCUUUGUCAAAAAAAAAUGUUUAAAUACAAGGACAACCCCAAGCCUGAAUUCAGCAUUUAUUGCUAGGCAUAGAAUUAAGAAUGAAAAUACUGUAUUUAAUUAAUUUAAUAGGAUCUCUAUGGUGCCAGGCUUAGAUGUAUGUGUAAGUACUUGUAACUGUGAAAAAACUAUUUGUUAAACAGCAAAAAUAUCAUGCUGGGCAUUAGUCAAAGUGAUAAUUAUGUGGUAUUAUGUUCAAGAUUUUACAAUGCAGAUUUAUAAUAUGUUUUAUUAUAGAUGUAUACAUGAAAUGUAGUUAUUAUUGAGUCAUAAUGGUGUUAUUAUACAAUUUGGUGAGACUCAAAUGAUCUUGUUGAAUCUUAGACCUUUGAAUAUUGUUCAACUGACAUUCUAAUGAACAGUGUACUCAGGGUCUUGCAUUGAGUUAUUGAUAAUACAUUAGAUUGUUAUUUGAGAUAUCAUGGGUGCAUUAUGUCAAUCAUAGCCUAUAUCUGACUAACUGACAUAUGUAUUUUUGUCAUAUUUGUUGGACCUACAUUAAGUUGUCAUAUUUUUUAAAAUCUGUGAAUAAUGUCAUGUGUUUAAUGUAUGUAUUGCCGUUAUUGUAUGUCAAUGUGAAAUGAUUCUCAAUCACUGAAACACUAAUCAUAGACACUCUCCAAUAUGAUUUCAAGUAUGUACUUUUUCAGCAUUGUAGGCUACAGCCAUAAUACAUGUUUGAUAUUUUUGUAUUCCUUUUGUUGUUGCGAUUGUUGUUUUUAUUCAUUGAUUAUUUUCAAAUAGACUAGUCUAAAUAGUCUACAUGUAUUUCUAUUCGCUAUUGUUAUUGUUGGAAACGGCUUGAGUGGCAAGUCCUGCGCUGUGCGCAUUGGAUAGACACGUUGUGACGCAAAUAUACUGUAUACUGCUGACCCGUCUGGCCUCUGUUUUCACCAGCACUAGAAGCGCGGCGCCCUGACUGUUGGAAACCAGGAACUGUCCUGCAACGGUUGGAACUAUUAAACAAUGUACAACAAAAUUAUCGAUCGAAAUCUUCAAACUACCUGCAACAUCCACCGUAUGUAUGUUUAAUGCUGUUUAUUUUACGAAAUACAUCACCAUUCGAGGGGCGCAUGUUUUAUUAAUCAUCCAAUUGCAUUAUGUUGAAGAGUUGGAAGGAAACAUAUAUCGUUAUUCUUCUCAAUUCUAUAAUAUGCAUAUGCAUCCAUUGCAACUUUAAAUUGGAAAAUUGGGAGAAGAUUACAGUGCAAGUUUUUACCUACAGCUGUUAGAAUAAAAUGUAGGUUAGGAGAUGCUUUUCCAUUAUGCUUUUCCAUGAUGCUUUCCUGACAAAUGUAAAUGCAUUUCUUUGUUUUUUUUAUUGCUUUAGUGUGUGUUUAUUUAGAAUGUUAUUUAAUGUAAACGGAUAUAGGACAUUGUAGUGCGACUGGCAAAUGGUCAUGUGUGUGUUGCGGUAGACUACUGGCAUGAUGCGGUGACACACGUUCUGGGCUCCGCUGUCAGUUUCUCGCUUUCACACUCGCCCUAUUUUACUCGCCUUCCCCAUCUUUCAUGCAGACCCUAUGUCUGAACACUGUGUGUGUUUUGGAGCGUUUUCAGUCCGAACAGAAAUUGUAUUUGAAUUAGGCUACAUCAUUUGUAAUUUGUAUUAGGAUAUAGAAUUUGAAUUGAAUAUUUUUUAACUUGUAUUGCACAAAUUUAAUUAUAGAAUUCAUAAUUUGAACUUGUAUUUCAUGAUUUGAAACUGAAUUUAAUUCAUAUUGCAUUACAUUUUAAAAUUCAAAUGUAAUUUAAUAUUCAAAUUGAAUGUUUAUAUAUUCAGUUUCAAUAUGGUAGAUAUUGAAUUCAUUGUCUGUGUAUAAAGUUUCCAUACUAUUAUUGAAUAUGUUAAUAUAUUUCAUAUAUUCAACUUCUCAGAUACAUUCAGAUUCAGUUUUCUAACUCAGUAAUCUAAAUUCCGAUUCAAAACCAGAGACAACAUCAUGGUACUUUGGCAGCCAGGAAAAGUAGAGGAGAACAGAUAGAAUAAAACACUGUGGUAAACAGAAGCUUCUGGUGAUUUCUGAAGCCAAUGUGGCAUGUUGAAUAAAUGUUCUUCUUUAUGAA